UCUUCUAUUUCUUCAACGUAUUCACGAUGGAAUUUUUUGUAAAAUACGCUGCAACAACUUUGGGUUUCAGCUAUGUUACGUCUGCAAUGAUCUUAACGUAUUUUAGUUUAAACGAUUUAGUAUACCUUAUCGAGAAAAGCAAGAAAAUAAACCGAACUUUAGAUCAACUCGAUGAGGCAACCAAAAGAAAUGUCGAUCUAAUAAUACGCUUCUUUGAUUACUUAGGCAUCAUACUUUUAUUACUAUCACAAGUUAUGGCGUACUUUUUCUUACCGAUUAGCGGAGCAAAAAGGGAUGUCCACUUUGCCGUGGAUUUUUUAGAUACGAACCUCAAAAACGAAUUUCUCCAUGAUACAUUAAUCAAUUUAUUUUUUGCCAGUUUUCAUUUUGUUUAUUUCAUUUCGGUACUGCAAGGUUUGGUGCCGAUGUAUUUAAGUUUGCAGUGUAUUUUUCAAAUUGUUAAUCUGACAUAUUUAAUUUCAAAUAUUUGUUCAGAUAUGGACUGCAAAGAUGUUAAGUUAAAAGAAAAUGAAAAAUGUCAGAAAAUAAUUGAAAAGAGACUAAUUUUUUGUAUCAAAUAUCAUCAGGAAAUAACGAAAAUUUCAGGGCGAUUAAAAUCCAUGAUCUAUUAUCCAAUGUUAAUUCAAACAACUGGUAUCAUGAUUUUGUCUAUAGGAAUACUGUUUGAAAUGUUUAACAAGGAACGUCAAGAGAAUACAACAGUAAGGAACAUCUUUGAGAUGUGUUUGAUGUUAACAAUCGUAGGUUCGUUGUCAGUUAUAGGACAAAUGUUCAGUGACGAGGUUCUAAUAAAAUAUUCAGUGUCAGUUGUAAGCUUCCCUGGCAUUUAUGGAAUGCCAGAAAUCAGAAAAUAUUAUUAAUAUUUUUAAGUAAUUGCGUCACUCAACAAAAACUUGUUACAUCUGAAUCUGUUUCUAUGGAUUACAAUUUCACUAUUAAGG